AUGCAGAACGAUGUUUUAGCGACGGGCAUUAUGAGCUUUGCCAUGCAUGAACUGGUGUACUUUGGGAGGUGUGUCCCUUUCAUGAUAAUGGACAAGAUUCCCUAUUUCAGGAGGUAUAAGAUCCAGGCGAACAAAAUGCCCACACUUUCCGAACAAUGGGCAUGCGCCAAACUGGUCCUCCUGUCUCACUUCACCGUCGAACUCCCUCAAAUCUGGCUCUUCCAUCCGAUGGCACAAUACUUUGGCUUGUCCACCUCCGUUCCCUUCCCUCCGUGGUAUACUAUGGCCUGGCAAAUCGCCUUGUUCUUCGUUCUCGAAGAUGCAUGGCACUAUUGGUUCCACCGAGUCCUCCACUUGCCUCGACUUUAUAAGAUGAUUCACAAGCUGCAUCACCAAUACAGCGCCCCAUUUGGGCUUGCCGCUGAAUACGCCUCCCCACUGGAAACCAUGAUUCUCGCAUUCGGCACCGUUGGAAUCCCCAUUGUCUUUUGCGCCUUUACCAAGAACCUCCACAUCGUGACAAUGUACCUCUGGAUCGUGGGGCGACUUUUCCAAGCGAUUGACGCGCACUCUGGAUAUGAGUUUCCAUGGUCACUGCAUCAUCUCUUGCCUUUCUGGGCCGGAGCCGACCACCACGAUGUGCAUCACGAGAAAUUCUUAGGGAACUAUGCCAGCUCCUUCCGAUGGUGGGACGCAGCAUUGGGUACCGACAUUGGAAGUGCUUCCGAAGGGGCAAAGAAGAAGGCAAAGAAGAUCGCCGAAGCCAAGGAUGAAUAG